AAGACUUUGUAUAAUUUGUUUGGUAGCGUGCAUUGUAUCUACGGACCUGAUUCUGUAGGCCCUACGUUGUUUUCUCGCGUGCGGUGUUUCGUAUCGUGUAUCGCCCACUGAGCUGAAUCAGGAUGGCCAGUCCAUCGUUGCUUUCGGUCGCUCGGUAUGGCAGAGAGCCGGCCAAUACGCCCGCUUAUGGACGCACGUACCAUUGGCAGUCGGUUUCUCGAAGGCAGUCUCUAGAGUCGUGCGCAUCUGGGCGUGCUCUUGACGCGUCUCGUGAAGGAAGUAGUUCGAGAUCGAAUUCGUUUGCUACCAGCUGCCUAGAGGCGAUUGCGAUGGAAUUUCUCGAACCAUCGAGCUGUAUAUCUGUGCCGUACCCCUCCCCUCCUCAAUCCCCUUUAUCCACAGCUCUGAGCGUUCAGUCGGAUAACGCGGGACAGUGCACAUAUCAAUUUCAGAGACCACCUUCCGGUUUUUACACAUCCUUCCCCUCGAGAGACAGCUCUAGAGACGCGUCUCGAAGACAACGAAGCGUAACUGGGGAAACCGCAAGGAGAAUUCGAGGACCAACAGCUUCCACUGGUUCGCAAGGGACGUCGACCCCUGGGUCCGCAUCUUCAGAGAGAAGCGGAACGCUGUCACUUCCUUCCCCCAAAACGCUAGAGACAACAAGACCGAAUGCUGCUUCGGAUGUCACGAGCAUUUUCCAGGCUCUUCUGCACGAGUUCUUGCGGCACGAAAACGAUGUUGCAUCUAGCAGACAGAUGGCCCUUCAGCAGGCUACCAAGCUUCGUCAUCAGAAUGAUGAAAAAGAAAGAAGAGUGGAAGCCCUGGAAAUAUUAGUGAAGGCUCUAAGGAAAGCAAGGGAUAGAGAGGUUGCAGCAACUGGAGCCCUAGACCAACAGUCAAACGAAUUGCUGAAGGCUCUCGCUCAAGUCAAGCACUUAAUGAAACCCUUGUGGACUCGAGCAAGUCCCGUAACGGCAUGAGUCAUAACGUGUGUUGUUCCGGUUCGGUCGUUGCUUGUAUUACCACCCAACACCUUUCUCGUAGUUUUGGUUUAUUCAUUAACUAUCAAGUGCCUUUUUCCCUGGCAGCCAUGACCAGCAAAUCAGAAACCGUAAUCUGUGUCUUCGGUGCACGCACCAAAAAAUGAAUUUGAGCUAA